AUGUCAAACCUCAAGCGCGUUAACGUCAAGCUCAAUCCUGCGUGCGAAAAGGUAGGUGUCGCAUCGUACACGAGUUUACUGAAAAAGUACGACUUCGCGCCCACCACCGCCGGCCCUUACCAGAAGAUCGAGCAGUCAGAGCGUACCUUCAAAAACGCAUUCAGACCCAAAAGUAAAAGGGAGACCAAGUCUGUUCUGCGCAAAGUUGAUGAAAGCGGCAAGCCUGGCGAGGUCAAGGCAGAGGACCAGCAGAACGAUGCCCUCUACAUCUGCCCAGUCGAGAUUGGCACCCCGCCACAACUGUGGUCCACUGGACUCGACGCGAAGACGAAGGCUGCGCGCGGCGAGCACAAUCUGUUUGAUGCAAAGAAGUCCACCUCCUUCAAAACCAUCUCGGGCAGCUCCUGGAAGAUCAGAUACGGUGAUGGUUCGACUGCAUCUGGCAUCGUUGGUACCGACAAUGUCAAUCUUGGUGGUCUCUGCGUCGAGAACCAAGCUAUCGAACUUGCUUCCAAAUUGUCAGCACAUUUCAUAAAGAGCGCCGGCGACGGCCUCCUCGGCCUCGCGUUUGGAAAGAUUAACACGGUCAAGCCCAAAGGAGUCGCUACGCCUGUUGAAAACAUGAUCACACAAGAUGACAUUCAAGAGGGUCAAGAGCUCUUCACCUGCUACCUCGGCUCCUGGCGCGACAAAGACGAAGAAGACAAGGGCGAAUCGUUCUACACAUUUGGCUACAUCGAUCGAGAAGUCCUCGAUCGCUGCGGCGUCUCAGAGCCUCACUGGGUCGGCAUCGACACGACCAAAGGCUUCUGGCAAUUUGCUUCUCCCUCUGCCUCCAUCAAUGGCAAGGUCAUUGACCGCGGCCCCAAUACUGCAAUCGCUGAUACCGGCUCCACACUCGCGCUUGUCAGCGACGAUCUUUGCAAGGAGAUCUACCGGGCUAUUCCAGACGCGAAAUUCGAUGCGAAGGUCCAGGGCUGGGUCUUCCCCAUUGGCACUCCAGUUGACAAGCUGCCUAAGGUCACAUUUGCGGUCGGCGACAAGCAAUUCGAGGUCCAGAAAGAGGAUUUGGGAUUCGCAAAGGUUGGGAGUGGCAUGCAGUAUGGCGGUAUACAGUCGAGGGGCGACUCCAAGUUCGAUAUUUUAGGUGAUACAUGGCUAAAAGCCGUGUACGCGAUCUUUGAUCAGGGUAAGAAGAGGUUUGGUUGCGUGCAGAGGAUUGAAAGAUACCAGAACAUCGCUGCGGCUCCUACUAGUGGUAAAAAGUGA